CCGGGUUUCCAGCCGGCCACUUUUCGCUGCCGGACCCCCAACAUGGCUGCCCCCAGGGCUGCGGGCCCGGGAGGCUCCCCGCCCUCGCCUUCCUGACGGUGCCUGGCUUCUGUGCGCUCCGGGCCUUCCCCGGGCUGUCCCAGCGGACAUGUUCGCCAAGGCCUUUCGGGUCAAGUCCAACACGGCCAUCAAGGGGUCGGACAGGAGAAAGCUUCGAGCUGAUGUGACAGCUGCUUUCACCACCCUUGGGACAGAUCAGGUCAAUGAGUUAAUACCUGGAAAGGAGGAGCUCAGCAUUGUCAAGUUGUACACUCACAAAGGGGACUCAGUGACUGUGUACGCAAGUGCUGGCAACCCCAUCCUGUUUGAACUGGAGAAAAAUCUGUAUCCUACAGUGUACACACUAUGGUCCUAUCCAGAUCUUCUGCCGACCUUCACAACAUGGCCCCUGGUCCUGGAAAAACUGGUAGGGGGAGCAGAUUUGAUGCUGCCAGGACUCGUGGUGCCCCCUGCUGGCCUGCCCCGGGUACAGAAGGGCGACCUCUGUGCCGUUGCGCUGGUGGGGAACAGGGCCCCCGUAGCGAUCGGAGUGGCUGCCAUGUCCACCGCUGAGAUGCUGGCUGCAGGCCUGAAGGGAAGGGGCUUCUCGCUGCUCCACACAUACCAGGACCACCUGUGGCAAUCCGGGGACAAGUCCUCUCCACCGGCCAUUGCUCCACCGGUGCUGGAUGCCACAGACGUCAGUGAAGAGAAGGUGCGGGGAGACAUGAGGGCCCUGGCCCUGCAGGGAGAGGUGGAGGGGAACGGGGAGCCCCAUCGGCUGCAUGGGGAGAGGCCCCUCCCAGAUGCCUCAGAGGACGGCAGCACCGGGGACCCGAGCCAAGACCUGGCGGACAGCAAGUCGCUUCAAGAGCAAAUGGAUGACCUGUUACAGCAGUGCUUCCUGCAUGCGCUGAAGUGCCGGGUCAGAAAGGCCGACCUCCCUUUACUCACGAGCACGUUCCUGGGCAGCCACAUGUUCUCCUGCUGCCCUGAAGGACAGCAGCUGGACAUAAAGAAGUCGAGCUAUAAAAAGCUCUCUAAGUUCCUGCAGCACAUGCAGCAGGAGGAGAUUGUGCAGGUGAAGGAGCUGAGCAGAGGGGUGGAGAGCAUUGUGGCUGUGGACUGGAAGCAUCCGAGGAUCGCAUCUUUCAUCAUCCCUGAGCCCUCCCCGAACCCCCAGACUGUGCAGGAGGGUAGCAGAGAACAGCCCUAUCACCCUCCAGAUGUAAGAGCCUUCUACUGUGUCCCCACCAGCAUGAGCCUGCUCUUCCGGGAGUCUGGGCACAGGAAGGGGUCCACUCUCGAGGCCAGUGAGGUCCGAGCGACCAUCAUUGACUACAUCAAGAAAAACGACCUGGUGGAUGCCAACAACAAGAACCUAGUGAAAUUGGAUCCCGUCCUCUGUGACUGCAUCCUGGAGAGAAAUGAGCAGCACACGGUCCUGAAGCUUCCAUGGGACAGUCUCCUGAGCAGAUGUUUUGAAAAAUUGCAACCUGCCUAUCAAGUGACCUUUCCUGGACAAGAGCCCAUUGUGAAGAAAGGGAAAAUCUCUCCUAUUGACAUCACCCUAGCACAGAGGUCUUAUAAUAAAAAGGUGACUGUGGUCAGAAACUUGGAGGCCUAUGGUCUAGACCCAAGCUCGGUGGCCUCCAUCCUCCAGAAGCGGUGCCAGGCCAGCACCUCGGUCACUGCUGUGCCCGGAGUCAAGGACGGCCUGCAGGUGCAGAUCCAGGGGAACCAGAUCCACCACUUGGGCCAGCUGCUGCUUGUGUCUGCAGCCUGGCUGAUUUCUUCUAACGACUGAGCCCCCAGUAGAGGCAGCCCCUCGAGGCAGAGACCUUGCCUUCAUGCUCAUCCCAUCCUCAGGGCCUGGCACAUAGUAAAUGCUCAAUAAAGUUAUGGCCUAUGGCAGCACCUGGCAGUCGAGCCCUUUGUGUGAAGGACCGUGGGAGGUGCUGAGAAGAAUCACACAGUUCAGCACAGACACAAACACAUGCACGCUCUCUUGAGAAACUAAGCGCCCGUCCCAGUCCCCCUGGGAGGCCGAUAGCUAGCCCGAGCUGUGGUGAGUGCCCGUCCCAGGGGCUCGAGCGCUCAGUGUUGGGGUCGUGGGAUCAGCACCU